UUGCGGCCAUUCGAAGUGUGUUUGGCCUUGCAGCCUGGGGAUGGGAUGGAGGGUGGAGGCCGUGAGGAGUUCCUUUUAGCGCACCUGAGGGGAAUCGAUGCGCGCGGGUGGGUCCGCUCCCUUAGCGAUACUAUCUGCUUUCGUGGCGCAGCCAUUUCGUGCGCCAUAGAGACGGGCGGAAGUGGAGGAGCUGUUGGUGCGCCUUGGAGUUUCUCCUCCACCCCCAGCUCUUUAAUUAUAGCUUUGUGUCUUUUCCUCCUCCACCCGCAGCAGGAAGUGGCUACCGUGGCAGCGGCGGCAGCAGGAAAGCCUCUUUGGAGAGAGAGACACAGAGAGGGAAGGAAGGGUUGCUGUAGUUCAAAUCCUGUAGGAAGUUUUCAAGAGAAAUGACUCACUGGUUUCAUCGAAACCCUCUGAAGGGUACAGCUCCUGUCUCAUUCAAUUACUAUGGGGUAGCCACCACUCCAGCUGCAACAAAGAUUUGCAAUGAUUUAAGGUCAUCACGAACACGACUCCUGGAGCUUUUUACAGAUUUGAGUUGCAAUCCUGAUAUGAUGAAAAAUGCAACUGAUUCCUAUUUUUCACUUUUGAAAGGUUUUAUAGUUUCGCUGGAUGACUCUUCACAGGACAGCAAGCUGAGAUACAUUCAGAAUUUUAAGUGGACGGACACCUUGCAAGGACACGUACCAAGUGCCCAGCAAGAUGCUGUGUUUGAACUAAUUUCCAUGGGAUUUAAUGUGGCUUUGUGGUACACUAAAUAUGCAUCAAGGUUGGCUGGAAAAGAAGACAUAACAGAAGAUGAAGCAAAAGACGUCCACCGAAGUAUGAAAACAGCAGCUGGAAUUUUCAAACACUUAAAGGAGAGUCACAUCCCUAAAUUGAUCACUCCUGUAGAAAAAGGAAGAGAUUUAGAAGCUCGGCUUAUAGAUUCCUACAUUAUUCAGUGCCAAGCUGAAGCGCAAGAAGUGACAAUUGCCCGAGCUAUUGAGCUGAAACACAAUCCUGGUCUAAUAGCUGCCCUGGCCUAUGAAACGGCCAAUUUUUAUCAAAGAGCAGAUCAAAUGUUAUCCAGUCUGGACCCAGCAUAUACAACUAAGUGGCGGAAAUACCUUCAGCUAAAGUCAUGUUUCUAUAUGGCCUAUGCCUACUGCUACCAUGGUCAAACCCUCCUGGCCAGUGAUAAAUGUGGAGAAUCUAUUAGAUCUCUACAAGAAGCAGAGAAGUUUUAUGCCAAGGCUGAAGCAUUGUGCAAAGAAUACGGUGAAACCAAAGGACCUGGGACUACAGCUAAGCCUUCCAGCCACCUUUUCUUUAGGAAAUUAGGAACUCUGGUGAAAAAUACCUUAGAUAAAUGCCAACGAGAGAAUGGAUUCAUUUACUUCCAGAAGAUACCCCCAGAGGCUCCCCAGCUGGAGCUGAAAGCAAACUAUGGCCUGGUUGAGCCAAUUCCUUUUGAGUUCCCUGCUGUGCAUAUCCACUGGACCCCAGAAUCCCUUGCAGCAUUUGAUCUUACUAAAAGGCCAAAGGAGGACAAUGCUAAACCAAAACCAGAGGAGGAAGUGAAACCUCUGAAAGAGCCAGAUAUAAAGCCUCAAAAAGACACUGGUUGCCAGAUCUCUUAAACUCCACAAGUGCUUUGAAAUACCCCCUGUGAGCUACAUUUUGUGAACUCUGGGAUUUUAUUGUCUACCCAUUUGCUGGCUCCUCUGGACUUCUUCAUCCUAAAAAUUAAUUCACUGCUUUUCAUCUUUUAUAGAUAUCUAUAUUUGGCUGAGUUGUGUUGCUGCAUUUUAAAAGAAGCUUAUCAGAAAUGAAGAGAUUAAAACUGGGUUGGAAAAGGGUUAUGAUCUCAGUUAGAAAGUGAGCAUUUAGAUUAAAAGGCACCUGAUUAUGACACAAAAUCUAGUCGAUAGAAGGGAUGAGACAGAGGAGAUUAGGGGCAGUGGGGAGACUGAACAAGAUGAAUUUUAUGGAGGCUUCUUAAGAUGUUGUGUAAACACAGUUGAUUGAAAACAAACAAGGCAAGGAUACAAGAAAAUAAUGGGUAUUACCUCCACAUUUUAAGAGCAAGGCAAUUAUAUGAGUCCAUUGGAACUUACAGGAUUGUCAACCUAAUAAACGGUGUAAAGAAAUGGUAGGAAAAUAUAUACCUUACACGAAAAAUAGAAGGUUCUUCUACCUAGUGUAAUUUUAGCCCUAGAAGGGCUACAACUGAUGCCAUCUUCGCAUUUAAAAUACUCUAAGGAAAAUACAAGUAAAACGUGCAUUUAGGCAGUGUUUGGCCUUGAAGUCCUUUGACAGAAACCAAAGGCUUUACAAGGGAGAUUAUAGAACUAUGUAUUAAGAAUGAGUCAGCGUUUGAACCAGAAUUGCUCAAAGGAAGUAAGACUUUUAUGGAAGAACCAUACGAUUCCUAAUUGAACAUGAAUAAGUAUUAAGCUGUUUUGGUAUAUAAAGAUUUCUUACUUCAGAGGCUAGAAAAUAAUGCCCUAUGGAGAAGUUGCACAGAUAACUGCUGCACAAGAGGAAUUGGAAGGGGAUUUAAACAGGUGGUCAGGGAUAUAGGAGCAGAUUGGACUAAGGAACAAUGCAGAGAAGACAAAAUAAUAUGAUUUGUGAGAAGGAUGCAGAAGAAAUGAAUGGAUUCCUUUUAAGUAUUCUAGUUUGUACCCAUUGCUGUGUCACAAUCAGGAAUGGAGGCUAAAAGCAAUGCAACAGGUUCUUCUACACACAGAGAAAUAAAUGGUUAAGGAGGAAGGUGUGGAGUUGUGAGACUGGAAAGAGGCAAGACUGUAAUACAUGGACUUGUAGAAGUAGAAUGUCCUGUAAUAAGAACUAUAGUUAACAUGUGCUUGGGAUAAUUCAACACUCCAGUUUGUGUAUUUAUAAACUGAAUUGGUAUAAAUUUGUGGCAAUUUCUUCUGAAUAUUGUUCUGGCUUGCUUCUUGGGCCUGUAUUUGGUGAGAGUGUGAGUGAGAUUAUUUAAUGCAGAAUGUUAUCAGCUUAUAUGAGCCUCGUGUAGCGCAGAGCGGUAAAGCAGCAGUUUCGGCAGCUGAAACUCUCCCCACGGCCUGAGUUCGAUCCCAGCGGAAGCUGGUUUCAGGCAGCCGGCUUGGGUCGACUCAGCCUUCCAUUCUCCCGAGGUUGGUAAAAUGAGUACCCAGUUAGCUGAGGGAAAGGUAAUAACGGCCGGGGAAGGCAACGGCAAACCACCCCACUGUAAGGCCUGCCAAGAAAACGUCAGCGAAAACUGGCAUCCCCCCAAGAGUCAGUAAUGACUCAGUGCUUGCACGAGAGGUUCCUUUCCUUUCCUAUCAGCUUAGCUGGACUUGGAAUUCCAUACCAAAGCCAAAUGAUUCAAAAUAUUUAGUUAUUAAAUUUUUGCCAUGCUCAUGUAGCUCAACACUCCCCUCUUUCUGCUGCCUCACACCAAACGGGAAUAAUGGGAAGACGUUUGUAUGGAAACCUGUAUGAAAGUCUUCAUGUAGUGAAGUCUUAUUGGGUAUGAAAAGGUCCGGAGGAUGCUCAGUCAACGAUCAACAGUGAUCAGAUAAGCCUGAAUGGCUUCACAAGCUUUGGAAUGUGUAAGAAAGAAUGGUAGUGUUCUUAUUAGAAGUUGUGGUUAGGAACAUUAAAUAAACCGUUUUGCCCACUGCACCACUAAUCAAUUAAUAAAAUGCUCCAGGAAAAAACAGUUAUCAGUGAACAAUCCAUCCACAGACUAGCAAAGAAAAUCAGUUGUGUAUCCAAUCCUAUCAGUGUGUGUUCAGAAGUAAGCCCUUGCUGAUUUCAGUGGGAUUUCCAAAUAAAUGCAGCCUUAGUGAGCUUUCACAUAAAGUGAAUACUUCUAGUGCUCUUAUUUAUUCCAAUACCACCUGAUCAGUGGUUGGGGGUGGUGGAAUGUGGCCAUCUAAGAACCACUGGAGGGCAGGAUAUGCCGCCCCCCCCCCCCAGCACCGUAAGGGUCUGCACUAGUUUGGCACAACAUAUUCAUGCUUCGCUUACUGGUGAGGCAGAACGUUAAUUAACUCCUUUUCAGCCCUGGCGGCCUUCUAGAAUUAACUUUUUGAGGAUUGUAAAAAUAAUUGUGAUAGUAAAAUUAUGCCGUUCUGUUUUUGCCUUGAGAAGAUUUCCUAAUGAGGCGCUGGUGAAUGAUUUGGGAGCAGCAGAUACUGCAGAGUCACUGAAUUGAAGUGUAAAUCCUGAUCACUAACUUGGCUGGGGACUACUGGGAGCCUCAUGUAUGACUGGAAUAGAUGUAUAUAUUUUUAAAACAUUUCUAGCACGUAUGCAGUUAGAAUUUAAUAUCGAUAACUGUUCGUUUGACUACUUUGUUUCUCUCUCACGUACGCACGCGUGCACACCACUGAAGAAGCUCCGGUUUGUACAAUACCAUGUUUUUGGCAUUAGGAAAAUGUUCCUUUUUAAGCUUGAAAUCUGUAUGCUGUUAAAUCCUCCUAGUGGGACUGUACGUUUCUACCUGAUCCCUUUCCAUGCUUGGAUGGCCUUUGAGCCUUACAUAUAACAAUGUAGAAUAAAUAAAAAUGGACCAAUA